AUGGAGCGGGACGCCGAAAACCAGCAGAAAAAUGAACCUUCUCCGGCCAACACGGUGCCCUCUUGCGCCGAACCAAGCCCAAACAUAGAAAAAUCACCACCAGUUGAAAACGCCGAACGCAGAAUGCCAGAACACGAUUCCAUGGUAACAGUUCGACUGUCCGAACCGCCUUCCCUGUCGGUGAAUACGGACCUUCCGCCGAACACUCUGCCUUUUCGAAGGAGCAUUUGGGGACACGAAUGUACACCUACCAGCGCAACGGCCCCAGUCGCGGAAACUAUAAUGGAAGAGGAAACUAUGAGUGAGGUGGAAAUUGAAAUCAAGACGCCGGCCGACCCUCCUAAGAAUAUGUUGCAAGAGAGCAAUGGUAUAACCACCGUUGACGAAGAGGAAAAGGAAAAGGAAAAAGAGCAAACAGAUGACGACGAUCCAAUGGACGAAUCCGACACGGAAGAGGUCAAUUGGGACCAAUUACAGAAGACAGAAGACGAGCAAGUCAAAGAUCAAGACGAUAACACCACAGCUAUGCUACUAGCAAGACUCGAACAAGAGAACAACAAACUUGCCACGAAUCCGAAGACUAUCAAAGUCAAGGUUGUAGAACAACCUCCCAUCCGCCGACCCAGACCACCCUCGAUGGCUCAGAUGCGGCACAUGGUGAAUGGCCCAACGCCAAUGGCCCUACGAUACUCUGCCCUCCCUCCUCCGCCGAUGACCGACCUCGAAUUUUACAUGGCGCUCGCUAAAGACUAUCAGCAGACGGCUGCCCGUCUUCCGACCCUGCUAUCGAAAAAGAUUCGAAAGGGAGUGCCACCACCAUUGCGAGGCGUUGUUUGGCAAAGUAUGGCCAGUGCCCGAGACAGUACACUGUUGGAACAAUUUGAUAAACUUUGCAACGAGUCGAGUCCUUAUGAAGGGCUCAUCGGCAAGGACCUUGGCAGAAGCUUUCCUGGCGUGGAUAUGUUCCGAGACCCAGAUGGCGACGGGCAGCGAAUGCUCGGGAGAGUAUUGAAAUGCUUCAGUCUAUACGAUCAAAAGAUUGGAUAUUGCCAGGGACUCGCAUUUCUGGUUGGGCCUCUAUUGAUGCAUAUGCCAGACAGCCAAGCUUUCUGCGUUUUAGUCCGGUUAAUGGAAUACUACGAUUUGCGAUCAUGCUUUUUGCCGGACCUAUCAGGGUUGCAUGUUCGUAUCUACCAAUUUCGUGAACUACUUCGACAGAACCUACCCACCCUGUCGGCUCAUUUGGAAGAUCUUCAGGUCGAUCCAGCUUAUGUUUCGCAAUGGUUCCUCUCAUUUUUCGCCGUAACGUGUCCCUUGCCCAUGCUGUUUCGGAUCUACGAUGUCAUAUUUGCCGAAGGUGCUUCGGAGACAAUUAUGCGGGUAGCCCUGUCAUUGAUGCGCAAGAAUGAGAGCCGGAUCUUGGCUUGCACUGAACUUGAAGAUGUCAUGCAACUCCUUUUAUCCCGUGGUUUGUGGGAUUGUUAUCAUUACAACGCUGAUGAAUUUGUCGAUGAUUUCGUUAGUUUAUCUUACGUCGUAUCGAGAGAGAAAUUAGCCCAACUUGAACAGGGGUAUCGCGAGGAAAAGAUCGCCAGUGCCAAUGCCGCCCGAACGGCCGAUGUUACCACAGCAGCCUCCCGUUUUUUGGGCCGCCUAUGGACUACGAGCACCUCCUCCCCGAGAUCUGGAACUCUUUCCCCUGGUCUUACCGCACCGUUGAGACCAUUAAGCAUGUUGCGCCGAAGUGCAUCAAAGCAAAGCAUUGCGUCGACAUUAAAUUCUAUGGAAGCCAGUUCCGCUAGCGUUCUCAGCUCUGCAUCUACCGACGCGACCACGGUUUCACGCGAUUCCUCAUCUAAUGCCGACGACUCGUCCGUUCGCGAAUCGACGCCAAUUGUCUCCUCCCGACAACAUUCUGGUCACAAUGCAGCCGACAAGGGCCUUCAUACACAAAUUGAGGAUCUACUCACCGCCUUGAGCGAAUUGCAACGAAAUCACUCGUUACUCGCUACGCAGCUUCAACAAGAAAGAGAAGAACGCGACGAGGAUAGGAAGGCCGUCAAAGAUUUGUUAGAUGGGCUGAAGAAGCAGAAGAAGCAAGGCGAAACUGCGCCCGCAGAGUCGACAGCAGAGACGACAGAGACCACAGAGACAACAGAGACAACAGAAGAUGAUGGCAAGAGUUCCGAUAAUAAAACGCCAGAUGAACAAGACGAUGGAGAGAAGUGCACUGAUGAAGACCGAUUCUCUCAAUUGCUACAAGUGGUCGAAUGCCGUUUCUGGCCUGCCGCAGAGCACAAACGGAGAUCAUCAUCACUGCUAACCAAGGCUCAACUUCGUGAUGAAUUGGCCAGGACGAAGGAUAAUCUUCGAAUUGAGGCGUCCAAGUCUCUUGGCUAUGAUCGUCGUAUCGAGGAACUCGGACAAGAAGCUAGCACGCUACGGGAACAACUCCGAGAGAGUCACGUUCACGUCCGAAACCUUCAUCAAGACAAGCAACGUCUCGAAAGGCAGGUCCACACUAUGCGCGUGCGAGCUUCCGCUGAGACCCCCGGGUUGUCGCCGGAGUCUGGUGGUUGGUUCUCGUCCGGAGGCAAUCUGAGUGCCGGAGGCGGUGGCGCUGGCGGUAGUGGCCUUCGAGAAUUGAAGCUUGGACGUAGCAAGUCGACGCCCAACACACAAUCGCCCUUCGCUCAUCGGGCCACGCCAUUGGCACGGACGGCGACAGACCCAGUCACGACAAGUGAACACGACGCGCUCGUCCUUGAUUUGGUGCAAGCUAAAACUGCCGAAGCUAUUGCUCGUCAAGAAGCAGACGAAUACAAGCAGAAGCUCGAGAACCUCCGUAAAACUUACGGAAUCGCCUCAACGGAUAACUCUUCUGGCGUGACGUCAACUGCUAUGGGCAUGAUUGGAAGAUUGACGUCAACCGUGACGGAAACAGGAAGUGGUGCUAAGAUCGCGGCUCCCCUCCCGUCCCCUUCUCCUUCCACUACAACUAAUGGCGGUGGUGGCUUCUGGGGAUGGCGAAGAUAG